ACGUCGGCACUCGACGCUUCGUCGCAAAAGAGAAGCGAGCCGAUAAAAUUACUCUUGUGCUUCCUUGGCGAGUCAGUAUAUCGCGAAACAUCGAGAGAGGUGUUAGUGUGUUUCACUUCAGCGAUUCAUCAUCUUUUUUCUCUCAUAUACGAUUGUACACGUUGCUUGAAUUUUCUUGUUAUAGACAAGAUUUCUUCUAAUAGAGAAUAGAUAAAAAAUCAAUGUGAAAUAAAAAUUUUCAAAAUAUAAAUAAAAUUCAUUGAAGAAGAUGUAAAGAAAGUCAAGGCGAAAGAAAAAACAAAUUCAUCUUUAAUACGACCAAUCAAAUCGUAUCCCCCGAUUGGUAUUCUCGCAUCCUCAUUGGUCGAAGGACGCAACACUUGCUUUCUCUUUUUCGACUGAUUUUCAUUUCUACGGCGCGUACGCAAGUUUUUCUUAUGGUGUUUUCUUUCUACAUCUAUAUCGACGCAUACGAGAAAACAACGAAUGAUAACCUUCUGAACACUCUUUACUUUAAAGUCCAGAAGCAUUUGAGAGGUUAGCUUGAUUUUUAACUUUAUAUAUAUCGAUAUAUAUCGAUGAUUCGUAAGUGUGUGCGUGUCUAGUUCAUAUAUCUGAGUGACGCUUUAACUUGCGUACGGGAAGUGCAUGUUUAAUUUGAAAGGAAAAAAAAAAGAAGAAAAAUAGAGAGAUAGGAGUGUAGAAAAAAAGGAAUAAUGUCAAGUAGCGUGUGCCACGCGCCCCUACCAACGCGAAUGGAAACAUUCACCACGAGACUUUGUCUGCGUGCUGUCGAUCAGUAUGAGCGGCUUCUGCAGGCUCACUUCAACAAGGUUUUUCUUGUUACAGUCUUCCAACAAGGAGCAAAGCCGAAUAAAUCAUGAUUCUACGACACGUAAAGAUACACGACGGCAAAAGGAUGCGUCUUCGAGUAACAGCAAUUACAGUGCCUUUCGGCAAUGGAGAAGAAGUACUUCCGUUGGUACCAAUCGGUCCAACAGCGCUGGACCAAGGAGCGUCAAUUCGAUUGUCAAAUUACCAAAUGAUGCGGCUACUAUCAAAAAGAUGGAACAAUUCCCGCUUGUUCUUUCGGAUACCACUAUGCCUGAUGAGGAUUUAUCUUUAAAGUUCCUUGCAUUGAAUGCUUUGGAUCUUACUGCACCAGCUAGUGACGUAUUGCUAAAGAAUAGAUUGAAAUCUUGGUUCCAAUUAUCUGGACACCCUGAUGGUUUUGCACCUGCUGGACCUGGUACCGUAUGGAAGAGAAAAAGUGGAGGAACUGAGAACACCGAACGCAUUGUAUACGAAGCUUUAAGUAAAGAUGAUGCAUUCCGAGAUUGCAUUCCUAGGUAUUACAGGGAGGUCGAAUACAAAGGAGACACGUUUAUCGAGUUACAGGAUUUACUAUUUGGUUUUAACGAUCCUCACGUGAUGGACAUUAAAAUGGGUACGCGAACGUUCUUAGAAUCAGAAGUAUCAAAGACCAUGGCGAGACCGGAUCUAUACCAAAAGAUGAUUGCCGUUGAUCCGAAUGCACCUACAAAACAGGAACACGAACAACGUGCUGUAACCAAAUUACGAUAUAUGCAAUUUCGUGAACAACAAAGUUCGACAUGUAGUCAUGGAUUCAGAAUUGAAGCUAUGAAAUUACCUGGUGCACCGCCCAUCACGGAUUUAAAAAAAGUUAAAUCGCAUAAAGAGGUGCUAGGUACUAUGAAAACGUUUCUUGGACAGAAAGAGGAAACUCGUAGAAAUCUUUUGAUACGUCUUAAGAAUUUAAGAACGAAAAUCGAAAAAUCCAAAUAUUUUCAGACUCAUGAAAUCAUUGGUAGCAGUAUCUUUAUGAUUUAUGACAACGAAAAAGUUGGAGUUUGGUUAAUAGAUUUUGCAAAAACUCGUGAACUACCAGAUGGCCUUAAAGUGACACACAGACAUCCAUGGGAGCAGGGCAAUCACGAAGAAGGCUUCCUAUUUGGACUUGAUAAUCUUAUUUCUACGAUAGAAGAAGUAGAUAUCUCUUUGCGAAUGAUUAAUUAAAAAGUGCAAAACUUUCUUUUUUCGCGUAUCUACUUUAAAUGAUUUUUUUUUCUAAAUUCUUCUUUGUUAUUCUUAUUUAUUAUCUUUCUUAUAAAGAUCACCUUAACGUACAAAGAUAGCCUUUAAAAUAGUUAUAUCCUGAAAUAUUUAGAUAAAAUUUAUGUUGACUAAUGUUUCUCCAUUUUUAUUUUCUUUUUUUUUUUUCUUUUUUUUUCUUUUUCCAUGUCGUGCGUGUGCGUUUGCGUGUAUUUUUUUUUCAUGGAUGAUGGUAUUGCAUUUUUAUUUCACAUUACUUUCUUUAUUUUCUAUGCUCUUUUGGUGUGUGUGCGCGUACGCGCGUUUGUGUAGAAAUAAUACGCAUAUAUAUACAUGUAUGCAUAUAUGUAUGUGUAAGAAUUAUCUUCAUUAAAUAAGAAACAGCAAAUACGCAAAAUUUAAGUCUGAAAAUAUUAUACAAUUUGCGUCAAGUAUACAGUGUAAUCUUAGAAUCUUGAUAGUAUUUUGUAUUGCAUGAUUUAUAUAUAUAUAUAUAUAUAU